AUGUCCAAUUCGCCAGGGCUCGAAGUCGUUCCUCCACAUGACCCGGAAACUGUCAGUCGGGCAGCAGUGUACCCAGAUCAAGGGCUACAAUAUGUGGAUAAUAGCCCACAUGUCGAAAAGAAUGCCCAAUAUGAAAAGCCAAGAGUUUGCGGGUUGAAAAGAACGACUUUUUGGAUAUUGGUGGUUGCAUCCGUGGUUAUAAUCACCGCAGCUGCCCUCGGCGGCGGCCUCGGUGGAGGUCUCUCAUCUCGCGGGAAAGAAUCAACGACAUCCAGCCAAAAGGCCAGUGAACAAUCUCCAUCUAAUUCGUCAAACUCGUCAAACUCAUCAACGAGUACCACUGUGAGCAAUAAAGCAUCGGCUACAGCGACCAUGUCAGCGAUAGUCGGAACCGUCAGUGGAACUACAAAAACGCUCUACCGUGACUGCCCCUCGAGUAACGACACUAUCUACAACGUUGAAUACAAUUCAUCAACAUACCAAUUCCGAAAGCUCUGCAAUAUGCAGGCUGUUAUCCAUGGGGAUCAUGCGACUUAUGUCAAUCAAGCGACGAGCAGCCUGAAUGACUGCAUCAACCUCUGCGCGGCAUACAAUGAGAACAAUGUGACAAAGAGCACUGAAUCAAAGGUUUGUUCUUCGGUUUGUUGGCGGAAUGGCUUUGUCAAUGACGACUGGCCGGGCCAAUGUUUUGGUUAUGCAGGAAACAAUGACUCGUAUAGUGGGGGAUAUAACCUUCAGGCGGAUGUUACCUGUGAUUCCGCAAUCUGGAUCAAUGAGACGUGA